UGUAAGGCAGAAACGCCCAGUCUGUUGGUUGCAGGUUCGUAAGUGCGCGAGCGCGUGGGUCUCUUCUAGGGGUGUGUGCAUCUCAUCAUUACUCCACAACACCGAUCAGACAUCACACAUCAACCUACGACAGGUCACGGAGGAGCAGUACAUCACUCGUCCUGGAAACCGACGCGUUUACGCAGCAUCCACACGACCGCGCCUUUCAAAGCGUUUAACAGCGCGCUCGUUCCCAAAUUCAACCGGAGUCCUACAGGACAAAAGUGCCAUCUGAUACCGGACAAUGACAGUGACCCAGAACCGGAGAUAGGGAUGGAUGCGAGAGUGUGCAGGAUGCUCGUCCUGGUCGGUGUUUUUGCGCUCUGGGUACCGGCGAUCGCGGAGGUGAAUGGAGAAGAUGGCUACCUGAAUGCUGUCCAGAAUACAGUUCCCCUGUCCUGCUCUGAGGGAUUCACUGAGUUGGGUUACUACAACGGCACUGUUUCUCAGACCGACUCCGGUUCACCCUGUCUGAAGUGGACUGAGUUUCCGGAUUACGUGCAGCAGUAUCCGGGCAGGGGUCUGGGAGAGCACAACUUCUGUCGAAAUCCUGACCGCGAGUCAAACCCAUGGUGCUUUUUUAGACAGAGCUCAGGAGCCAUCGGAUGGGCCUACUGCGACUGUCACCAGGGAGCGGUCAGGUUAGCAGGGGGUUCGUCCUCUAACAGCGGCCGUCUUGAGGUCUACCUGAAUGGCCAGUGGGGGUCGGUUUGUGACACACACUGGACGGACCGUGAUGCCAGCGUGGUUUGUCGGCAACUUGGACUGGGUGAGAUUGGCACGGCUCUUCAACACUCAUAUUUUGGCCCCGGCUCCGGUCUCUUUCACUACGCCCGCCUUGGCUGCCGUGGCGAUGAGAAAUCCCUGCUGCAGUGCAGGAGCAGGAAGUUUGUUACUAGCGACUGUAACCAUGGAAACGAAGCCGGAGUGGUGUGCGCACCACCUGAAGGUAAUGGACCUCCGCUGCGGUUAGUGGGAGGACAGGAGGACUUUGAGGGUCGAGUCGAGGUCUUUCAUGAAGGCCGCUGGGGGACCAUCUGUGAUGACCAGUGGGAUGAUAUGGAUGCUGAGGUGGUCUGUAGACACCUCGGACUGGGAGGUAUACCGAAGGCCUGGUCAUGGGCUCAUUUUGGGCAAGGCAGUGGGCCAAUCCAGCUGGAUGCAGUACAAUGCACGGGCAAUGAACUCUCUUUGGACGAGUGUCGUCACAGUGGGUGGGAACAGCACAACUGCGAUCAUAUGGAAGACGCCGGGGUGUCAUGCAACCCCUAUACAGAUGGGGUGGUGAGACUGGUCGAUGGUGAUAACCCAUGGGAGGGACGUCUGGAAGUGUAUCACUCCGGAGACUGGGGUACAGUAUGUGAUGACAGCUGGACUGAGCAGCAUGCACAGGUGGUCUGUAGACAGCUGGGAUUCAGGGGCGGUGCGGAGGUCGUGGCCACUGGGGUGUUUGGAGAAGGAACAGGAUUGAUUUUGUUGGACGAUGUUGAGUGUGAGGGUAGUGAAGCCUCCCUGCUGGAGUGUAAACAUAGCGUUUGGGGUCGACACGAUUGCUCACACAGCGAAGAUGUUGGAAUACGCUGCCACAGGGCAGAAAACAAUGAGGUCCCACUAGCUCCGGAAACUACUGGGCCGCUGGUAAGAUUGGUGGGCGGAGAUAACAGGAAGGAGGGCAGGGUGGAGGUGUUUCUCAACGGUGAAUGGGGCGGAGUUUGCGAUCAUGGCUGGAAUGAUGUCAACGCUGCCAUCGUCUGCAGACAGCUCGGUUUCACCGGGGUGGCAAAAACACGCCCGAUGGGUUUUUACGGAGCAGGAAAGGGGACCAUCCACCUGACCAAUGUGAGGUGUACUGGAAAGGAGUCGUUUCUUGGGGAGUGCCCUGCUAAAGGACAGGACAGCCACGUGUGUAAGCACGGACAGGAUGCGGGUGUGAUGUGCGAUUAUAUGCCCGAGCCGGAGGCUGAUAUAGCAGUGGUGGGAACACACACAUGUGGGUUAAGAGCUGGUGCUGAGAGACGCAGCAAGAGGAUUGUGGGAGGAUAUAAAUCUCUCAGGGGUGACUGGCCCUGGCAGGCGUCUCUAUGGCUCAGAUCUCAGUCUAAAGGGAAUCAGCCUCUAUGUGGAGCUACUCUCAUAAACUCCUGCUGGCUGCUCACCGCUGCUCACUGCUUCAAACGGUUUGGAAGUGAAGCAUCGCGGUAUGUGGUGAAGCUCGGGGAUUACCACACGCAGGAGCAGGAUGACUUUGAACGCGUGCUGUCUCCAGAGCACAUCCACGUGCACAGGAAGUACCGCACAGAGAGCUGGGAGCACGACGUGGCUAUGAUCCGGCUAAAGGGGGCGGAGGGAAAGUGUGUGGCUUUUAAUCCGCACACGAACGCUGCCUGUCUGCCCGCACCUGGGAGCAUGUGGGGCAAAAGACCUUCGUCCUGUGUCAUCACUGGCUGGGGAGUGACUGACACAGAGCAUCCUAACACUCUUCUCCAGGCCUGGGUUCCUCUUUUGCCCUCCUGGCAAUGUAAGAAGCGCUACGGCGAGCGCUUCACUAGCCACGACAUGUUGUGUGCCGGCACCAUGUCCUCUGACCUCCGAAAGCAUGCCGACAGCUGCCAAGGUGACAGCGGGGGUCCGCUAGUGUGUCAGGGUGAGACGGGGCGCUGGGUACUCACAGGAGUCAUUUCCUGGGGUCAGGGCUGCGGUGACCCCUCUUACCCAGGCGUAUAUUCGAGGGUCAGCCGUUACCUGCAGUGGAUCGAACAGGUGACGCACAGCACCGCCCCUCUUCAGCACUAAAUCUCUCUCUAAGAGGUCCUUGACACUUCUGAGCAACAGGACUCUUGAAAAGGAGAAACAGGAGCCUGAAAGUGUUCAACAUCGUUCUGCUCUACGCUUUGACCUCCCUGUCCUCUGCAACAGCACUGGAUCUAAUCUCCAUCUGUACAGUUCAAUUUCAUGUAGUCUUAGCAUUUAGAGAUUAGAAACAUUGCUUGCUCUCAGAAAGAGCCAUGCAUAUUGAGUAUGUGAAUCUGGGAAAUUAUAGAAUGACCAGUGUGAUGUUAAAGGAACAGUUCACCAAAAAAAAACCUAAAUUUUUGUCGUCAUUUACUCAUCCAUUAUGAAAGAAAUUGAAAUCUUUAUGUGGUCUAUAUUCAAAAACUCAAAUGCCGUGGAGGCCAUAAAAUUGCUUUUGUGAUAGGUUGCAAAGCUUGGGAAUUUUGGAAAUAUUCCAAGUUGGAAAAUUAAGGAAUUGAAGGAAAUCAUUUGUAAAUUUUGGGUAAUUUAUACAAACUGUAUCACUCACACACAUUAGCUUCCUCGAUAUCCGACUCAUCUUCAUCCAUGUGCCCCAACUUCUGUAUAUUGCCGUGUUAUUUCCACUGCAACUUUCCAAGAUUUCCAGAACUUUGCAACCGUAUUGAUCACAAUUCAAGCCUUUAUCGGCAUUGAUGCUUUCGUGAUCAUGGUGGCAGAGACAAACCGCGGCACAAGGGAGGAUCAUACAGUAGAUAAACACAUAAAGGUUAGCAAAUGAUAAAGACAUAAUUUACAUUUUAGGUGAACUGCACCUUUAAAAGAAGUAUCCGAUUCUGUUGUGCAUUUAAACUUUGUAGUGCUAUUCAGGGGCUGCAGUGCAUGUUAAUGUAUGUAUCGCAUUCAAAAGCCAUUCAGUGCAGCUGCCCAAGCCUUCUGCAUGGUAGAAAAAGGUAACGUAAGCUCUGCACCUUAACCGGUUUUGCUGCAGAAGGAGGGGAUUCCUAUGGGGGUUCAGCGUUCUUUAUUUAACAGAACGCUUGAACUCUGAUGUUUGAAGAAACAUUGUCAGUGUCAUGUAUUAGACAAGUAGAAACAAAGUCACAAAUUUUUUAGAUAGCUGACAGUUGAAGUGAUCUUUAAAGCCAUGAGUCUUCUAUAAAUGUAUCUUAGUGUGACGGUGCAACAAAGCCUUGUUUUACAUCAUGUCAAUCAUGACAGUAAUAUUAAGCUCUUCGAAUUCUCAUUAAUUUUCUUAGUAUGAUCCAGAACUAAAAUAAAUGUUUAGUUUGAUCUCAGUAGAUGUUUUAGGGCUUAGGUGACAUUUUAGAGCCAUAAUAGUGAUUAGCCUAACGUGACUUUUUUCUUAUGGUCAGUUUGGUUCAUUCUGUAAUGGUGUUUUAAUAUAAUGUGUCAUUAUGUACAUACAGUAUUGCAAAUAAUAAUGAUCCAAAAGGUGAGCGUGUAGUGCAUAAUGUGGUCAAUGAUCAAUAUUGCUCAACGUAACUUUUCUCUUAUGGUCAGUUUGGUUCAGUUUAUAAUGGUGAUUUGAUACAAAGAAGUAUCACAAUGAAUAAUGGUGGUCUUACAGGGGUGUUAUCAAGGGGUUUUCUUAAAGGCUAGAAAGGAAGACUGUAAGGAAGAAAAUUUGGGACAUUCUCUACAUCUUUGUUAACUGUUUGUGUAAUGGGAUUGUAUUUUGUAGCAUCUUUUAUCUCUUCUUGUUCUUUGUUUUGUGAACUGUGUGUUUUCAUCCAGUGGGUGGCGAUAUUGUGUUUUAUUACUCAAUAGGAGAUCCAUUCUGUUUUGCGCUGUAAAUAGAAAAUCUCUUCAAUCUGUUUCUUAUUUUAAUUCCUAAUGAUUCUUUCUCUAUUAAUGACAUCAUUCAUGAUACAUUGAUGCAAAUUUUACCUUCUUGUGUUAACUUGGUAAGUAACAAGGGCUCUUAAAAUUGGUCAUUAACAGUGGCAGUAGGCUAAUGUAAAUACAGUAGGAAGUGACAUCAUGAGAAAUGAAGCAUGGCUGAGAAUAAAGUAACUACAGCGAGAUUUCUUAAUUAUUUCCACAACUUUUUUUUUACUUUUUUCUUUAUUUUGUUACCUUGAAAAUUGGACUUAAUGUAAAUCUAAAUAAUGAUAUCCAUUUGUGCAAAAUAUAACUGAAAAAUGGCACUUUAGUGCAUUAGGAACUUCAAUGUAAGGUUAACUAUAUUUAUGUUUUCAUGUAUGUCUCUAUUUUUGUAUGGACAUUAAUGUCUAUUUUUAUGUUCCUCAAUGCGUAAACUACACUCUAAAAAAAUUCUGGGUUAUUUUCAACCCAUGGUUGGGUCAAAAAGGGACGAGCCCAGCCCCUUGGGUUAUAAUGUAUCCUAUGCUGGGUUUUUUAAACCUUUUGUGGGUCAAAUAUAAAAAUGUUCUUGGUUAAUUGAAUCCAACUGCUUGGCAGUUUUUUAACCCAUAAAUAACCCUGCAUUUUUUUAGACUGUAUUUAUUAUAACAACAAAAAUGUUCACUCCCUGAAACACAGGCACAAUUUACUGCGAGGUGUACUUCAAAAACAGUUCUUAACAUGAACAAAGAAAUAUUCUGCCUGCUUUAUUAUUAAUACAUAUUUUUAAUAAUCUGAUAUUGCCUGCUGAAUUAGUUAACAGGCAUAUAUUAUUUAUGUAUUCUUAUUGUAAGUGGAGCCAAGCCUUCCAAUAGGCCUGCAUUUCUAUGGCAAUAUUUUAUUGCUAUAAAAACCAGCAGGCCUAUACAUUCCAUAAUGGAUUUUGAAGAAACAGGAAGAGCUCGUAUUUCAAAUUACAUCUUUUUUUACUUCAUUAGGUCUAGUGGGAGUAAUUGGAUAUGUGUUAUAUGGGACUGUCUUGCGCACUUCCUUGUUUGUGUUCUGGAUUUUGCCUGCUCAGAUCUUCAAAAGCCAUCCAAAUAUGUGAAGUAGGCUACAUGGGCUCCAAGGAGGAGCUGUAUACAGUGGCCAGUCACAGCAUCAGAGCUUUGGGACUCUUCAUCAAGGGCCAGGAACUCAUCUCUGUAUGCACUGGUUGUGCGGAGGGGUUGAUGUCUGUUGCAUGUCAUGCAAGCAUCUCUUUGUGUGUUUAUGAUGUUCUCAGUCAUUACAAAGUCUUUGAUUUUCUGUAAAAAUGCUUUGAAUAUUUUCAUGUGUGACAAGUGCCAAAAUAAAGUGACCUCUUCUUGUGGCA